AAAAAAGAGAGCGUGUGGGAAAAAUGAGUUGGAGCUCCAACAGUAUACAGCUGCCAAUCCCCAUCACAUUCCCCAAAAUAAAUAAACAAUCAGGACAAAAAUACAGCAGUAGAGAAUUUCCAGUCUUGUCCUUCCCCGGCGCCGGCGACGACCACCGCGACCUGAUACCCUGGGACGUCCGUCUCCGGCCGCGGCGAUGGCGAGGCACGAGGCGGCGGCGAGGGUGGAGUUCGACCUGCCGGACGAGAUCCUGGCCGUGAUCCCCACCGACCCGUACGAGCAGCUGGACAUCGCGCGCAAGAUCACCUCCAUGGCCAUCGCCUCCCGCGUCUCCCGCCUCGAGGCCGACGUCGCGCGCCUCCGCCGGGACCUCGCCGACCGCGACCGCAGCGAGGCCGACCUCCGCGCCCGCCUCGCCGACUCCGAUUCCCGCCUCCUCGCCGCCCUCGAUGAGAACGCGAAGCUGGUGAAGGAGAGGGACACGCUCGCCGUGACGGCCAAGAAGCUGUCCAGGAACUUGGCGAAGUUGGAGGCAUUUAAGAAGCAAUUAAUGAAAUCACUGAGUGAAGAUAAUUUAUUGCAAUUGUCAGAAACAGGUGAAGAUCGUGAUGUAGAUGCAGAAAGUAAUUGGACUGCUCGAACUCCUUCCUGGAAAGAUGAAGUUUCAAGCAGUCGCGCCUCGUCAAAUACUUCCAGCAGAUCCACAAUCACUGAAUCAGCCCAAGGACACCAGUUCUCUCUCACGCCAUAUGUAGCCCCAAGAAUAACUCCUGGUUCAACACCAAUUAUUUCAUCCUCCGUUGGUUCCCCCCUAGCAUAUUCAACUGGCCCUUCCUCUCCAAAGUUUCUAUCUGGUCCAACAUCACCUACAAGAUCUCUGUCUGAAAGCCAGUCGACAUUUUCAUCAUGGAAUGGAUCAUCACUUCACCAGUAUUCAGCACCCACCUCUCCUCCUCAACGGCGCUCAUUCACAGGGCGACCUCGUAUAGAUGGAAAGGAAUUCUUCCGACAAGCACGGACACGGCUUUCUUAUGAGCAGUUUGGAGCGUUCUUGGCAAAUAUCAAGGAAUUUAACGCUCAGAAACAAUCGCGAGAGGACACCUUGUUGAAGGCAGAGGAGAUUUUUGGAACAGAGCACAAAGAUUUAUACAUUUCUUUCCAGAAUAUGCUUAAUCGCAACCAAUCGUGAACCUGUUACAGGCUGCUGCCUUUCCUCUCUGAAACAAGCAGGUUUAGUUCUUUGUUUAAGCCUGUUCCGAGCAACCAAUGUACUGUUCUGGUCGGCCAAUCAUGCCUAUACACCAUGCCAUCUGUUUCCAAGAGAGCAUUCAUUGUUGGAAUGAACACUGUUCUCUCAUUGAUCAUAAGAUCGUAUUAUUGGAAACCUGUGCAUAGUCCUGCCGUGAUCAAAUUAAUCACGGGCAUCCUCAAUAACAUGAUGUAAAUGGAUCAUAUGGUCAUGCAUUUUAACAAGUGAAACUUUAGACGGUUUCAAUAUUUUUGGUCUGUAUAAUUGAACUAUAAACUGGAGUUUCUUUGUAGCACCCCUUGUCUUCCUGCUGUAAACUAAGUUAUAGGUUUCUUGAGGUUGUAGAAAGUUGUAUGAAACUCUUAUGCCAAUUAAUUUUUGUGAAGCCUGACCUGAAAGCUGGUCUGGCACAGGGUA